UUGGUGCAAAGGAGUUUGAGUGGGAGAUAGGGACUAGCGUGCCCCAUCACAGCACAGGGACCAGGGACGGGAGCGCAGACACUCAUAUCCCCCACCCUCCCCCCCGACUAAAACAGCUCCUCCGCGGCCAAACAAGUCCUGCAACACCCGGCUACCCCUCAGACAGCACCGGCCAGCACACAGGCUACUACUCUAUACCGCCGUCCGGAGGAAAAGGAAAAACCCCCAGCUUGAAAACUGUUGCACCACGUUUUAAAAGUGGACCUAACACCUCCUUACUUCUUGGACAUGGGCGAUAUGGGGGAUCCGCAGAACAAAAAGCGGCUGAUCUCGCUGUGUGUCGGCUGUGGAAACCAGAUCCACGACCAGUAUAUUCUGCGGGUCUCUCCAGACCUCGAGUGGCACGCUGCCUGUUUGAAGUGUGCAGAGUGUAAUCAGUAUCUGGACGAGUCUUGUACCUGCUUUGUCCGAGACGGGAAAACCUACUGUAAACGGGACUAUGUUAGGUUAUACGGAAUAAAGUGCGCUAAAUGCAACAUCGGUUUCAGCAAGAAUGACUUCGUGAUGAGAGCGCGCUCCAAGGUGUACCACAUCGAGUGUUUUCGGUGUGUGGCCUGCAGCCGACAGCUCAUCCCGGGGGACGAGUUCGCUCUGAGGGAGGACGGCUUGUUCUGCCGGGCCGACCAUGAUGUCGUGGAGCGGGCCACAAUGGGCGCCGGUGACCCCCUCAGCCCCCUCCACCCGGCCCGACCUUUACAAAUGGCAGCAGACCCAAUAUCAGCCAGACAGCCCGCGCUCCGACCGCACGUUCACAAACAACCGGAGAAGACAACUCGCGUCCGGACGGUUCUUAACGAAAAACAGCUCCACACGUUGCGGACCUGCUACAACGCCAAUCCCCGGCCCGACGCUCUGAUGAAAGAGCAGCUAGUCGAGAUGACCGGYCUCAGUCCCCGAGUCAUCCGGGUCUGGUUCCAAAACAAGCGUUGCAAGGACAAGAAGAGGAGUAUUCUGAUGAAACAGUUACAGCAGCAGCAGCCCAACGACAAAACGAAUAUCCAGGGAAUGACGGGCACUCCGAGUGCGGCCAGCCCGGAGAGACAUGACGGUGGUUUACAGGCUAACCCAGUGGAGGUGCAGAGUUACCAGCCGCCUUGGAAGGUCCUUAGUGACUUUGCCUCAGACCUGACGUUGUGUUGUUUCUUUGUUCAGGUCAAUUUCUCGGAGGGAGGCCCUGGUUCCAACUCGACAGGAAGCGAAGUCGCCUCGAUGUCAUCCCAACUUCCAGACACACCCAACAGCAUGGUCUCGAGCCCUAUAGAGGCGUAGGGCCUCGCGGACCGAGUGUAGACUACGUCAGACUAUUGUCAUAUUUCUGACUGAUGACGAGUUGAUGUUAGUUGGACAAAGUGCCGGACUGACUGAAAAAAAAAACGAAAAAAAACUUGACUCGGGGGUGGAAAGAAACAAAAAUUGUUGAUUUCAUUCGAACUGAGAGAUAAAAAGAGACCCCCCUCCCCUCCUCCUACUGCACGAAGCCUCUUUAACAACAACUACUGGUUGUAGUUUUACACUGUGAAGACAAUCAUGGGAUUAUUACCCGAGCUAGAUCUGUCCAAGCGUCCGUCAUUACGUCCGUCUGUCCACUCGCCGCAAAACAACCCCGAAGAAGAAGAGGAGGAGAGAGAGGACCAUGGUGUAGACGAGAAGAAGAAGCGUGAUACAAGGAGCGGUGGAGAGCGCAUCUGCCUGCAUCAUAACGUGUAUGCGACUCAUGCGUAACGAGAUGUAUAGAUUUCACUACAUCAUCCAUGACUGGUGCUGCCCGUUGGAACUGCCUGUUUACAGUUUUGCCAAAAAAAGAAUACAGAAAACACUUCAACAAAAAAAAACCUGGACCCAUGGACCUCUAGGGAACAAUACAAACUUUAUUAUUGAAGAUUAAAUCUGAAAUCUAGGCUACAUUUGCGCAUUGUUGUGCGUGAUGUUUGAAUAUACAAACAAAUGACUGUCUGCCAUUUCGGUUUCUAUAAAAUAGCUUGACUUGAGAUUCGCCCGCUGAUAUGACGACGUUUGGAGGGGAUUGCAAAUAAUGCGUUUCCAUAGUUUUGCUAUUAUCUCCUUGAUAAAGCCCGAGUAGGCCUACUAAAGCAUUGCAACAAGGUAUACCUCUACUAUGCCACAGGCUUCGUGGGACUAUUGUGUGUGAGUUUGUGUCCGUCCAAUAAUAUUGUUUUCUUUCCCAAAGAUGUGUAUAGUAUUAAGUUAUAACGACCGUUAACUCUGGAGAAAAAAAAAAGUUUUUUUUUUUCGUUAAUUCCUGUACAACAAAAUUAUGUUUUAUUUAUCGUCGAAAGACUUGCCACUUUGUUUUGUGUAACCUUCUAUACUGAAGUAAAAAACAGAAAAGAAAAA